CCACUUUCCACUUUUUUCUUUCUUUAAAAAAAAGUCUCCUUCUUUACGUAUAUCUAUAUAUAUAUUAUCAUCUCACUCGCCAACAGCGAAAAAGAGAGAGCAGCAGCAGCAGCAGAAUUGAUAAUUUUAAAAUGAUCCAACAACAGCAAUGGCCAAGAAUUUGAGGAAACUAAAGGACCAUGCGGCGGCGGCAAUGGCAAGGGCAAGGAAAUCCAGCAUCGGCGGCGGUGGUCGGUGCCGGAAGCACCCAAAACACCAGCAGUCGCCAGGAGUGUGCUCGCUAUGUCUGAGAGAAAAGCUGUCUCAAUUGUUGAAUACAGACUAUCAUGGCUCCACUGCGCCUAAAAUAGCAUGUUCAGGCUCCUCUUCUUCGUUGUCUUCUGUAUCGUCUUGUUAUUCUUCAGCAUCGUCGGCUUCUUCGUGCUCUUCUCCACCUACCAUAAUUAGAAGAAAGAGGUCGAUUUCGGGCAUGUCCAGCUUGUUCAAGAGAAGAUCAAGUGCUAAUAAUUUGUUGAGUAGCAGUAGAUCUCUGGCUGAUGGGUUGUGGUCCAAGUUGGUGGUGAAUCGGAGAGGGAAGGAACAAACUUUGAGGCGUUCGGCUUCUACUACAACAGAUCAUCAUCAUCAUCACAUAGUUGCUACCUAGCCACCUACUCAACAAUAUUACAAUAAUUAAUUGUUAUUUUAUUGCUUAAUUUUCUGAUAUAUAUAGAUCCAUCUAGCUUAGCUAAUAACUUUUUUUAAUUAUGAGAGGAAGGGUGAAACCAGACAAUGAUCAAAUGCCUAAUUAAGCCAAAACAAGAUAUUUAUGUUUCUUCCAUUAUCUUUGCUUUGAGAACCAAAAACUUCCAAACAAAAA